AUGACGGUGCCGGGUCCCGUUUUAGAAUGGCUGUCGCAACAGCUGGCGCAUGAAUACGUGGAUCCACCACGCUGUUUUACGGACUUUACUCAGGUCCUGCUAGCAAUUCCGUCGCUGGUCCCCAAAACAGACGUGUAUACCUCGGAAACGGGUCUGCCGGCGCUUCUCUUGAACCUCACAGGCCCUCUUCCCACCGUGAUUGCUGGCCAAACCUACGGUAUUCCUAUCGAGGUAUGGAUUCCUAAACUUUAUCCUUCCUCUCCACCCUUAAUCUACGUUCGCCCCACCGCUAGUAUGCGUAUAGCGCCCAGCGACUACGUUGAUACCAACGGCAAGUGUCUCUUCCAAUGGACCCUGCAGACAGAGUUGAUCGCAGUUCUGCGGAUGCUUCAAGAGGUCUUCAGCUUUGCUCCACCGGUAUACGCUGUCCAAGAGGUUCCCCAAGCCGCCACAGCGCCUCCGCAGUACACCAAGCAAGUGGUGCAUCCAAAGCCAGACCCUGUACCAUACAAACCCAUCAAAGAUAUCAUGAACAGUAUCAAUGACCCUGUUCCGCUUCCUGCUAAUCCGGCCCCUCAAAAAGUUGACGCAUUAAAACAUCUAGAGGAGGCCCUGCAAGCUGUGUCCACUCAGAUCCGUGACGAGGAAACCGCCAAAGACAGCCAGGCAUUGCAGCACGCAAACGAAGUUCUGGAUUGGAUGGACCAAGCACUAGAUGAAGAACAGGGCCAAUUGGAAGCGGCCAAGCAGCAGUACGAAACAAACAUUAGACUAUUGAACGAGCGGAUCGAACAGGCCGAAAAAGUCACCAAGGCAGCAAGGGCCCACGCAGAUAAAAACUUACCGCUCGAGGAGUUGAUCUACCCAGAAACACCCAACGACAUGAAAGUGUUUAAUGCCGCUACCGAAGACCGGGCCAUUGGCGACACCAUACAUGCACUUGGGAAGGUUCUGGACAACGAAGCCAUCCCAAUUGAUGUGUUUAUAAAAAAUGUCAGGUUCCUGGCCCGCCAGCAGUUCCUGGCCAGAGCUGAAGCUCUCAAUUGUAUUUAA